AUGUUGAUGCCUCCGAGGGUGACUGGCUUCAACCUCCAUCGCAAAAAGUGGUUCAAUCUAUCCGUCGACCGCAUCUCGCAUGUCGAGUGGAACAAAGAUGCCCUCGAGAGUCGAGCCAUCGACUCCAAAUCCACAGACCGUAUCGAGUCACUGGUGACCAACCACGUCGAGCCCGAAGACUCCGUCGAUCUGAUUGCCAGCAAUGAUAACGGACUAAUCUUGCUUCUGCACGCUGGGCCGGGAACAGGCAAAAACACUGACCGCAGAGAGGGUGGCUGA